UAGUUUUACCUAUUCCGUUGUUACUUUUAACUUAUAUAAGUUACUAAUAUUACUAAUGUAUUUGUUAGUUUAUUACCUUCUUAAUGGGACGUAAUAAAUUGUCACUAAUCGGAUACUUUUAAUUAUGAACUGUUUGGUUAUAGGCUUAUAGCAUUUCGAUAACAUUAAACCUUUUCGACUUUCAUUUCACUAAUCGAUAGGUGUUAUUCAGUAAGUUUUUCUUAUCGUAAAACCACUAUUCAGGAUGGGCGAUAGCUUUCAUGGUUCUAUAACCAUAAGUGCUGGGACGGUAUAAAGCUUCGGGUGAUAUUAGCCGUCAUCGCGUUCAUAUCGCUCGGCCACGUCUCAGUGGUGACCAAACACCGAUUCGGAGAGAUCAAUGUUCUCUGUAUUCGUCAACAUUUUUUACACAACAUGUAUAAUAUUUAUCGACUUGUAUCAAUGUUGAAUGUACCUAUCAUAUAAAUCUGGUGAUUUCUGGUCGGGUCUUACUUUAGCAGAGCUGUAGUCUGUGCGUGUCUACUUAAUUAUUUUAUGUCAUUAUUAAUAUCACUCGACCGUCGAUAGCAAAUUAGGAUCGUGUCCGUCGUAACAUAUUUUUUGUGUGUGUAUGUUUUAUGCGAAUGUGAAAAAUGUAUAAUCAGUAAUAUUUUCGUUUUACAGUUGGAAGGGGGGGACGUCAGUGGUUGAGUAGAGUAAUAUAAUUUUAUUAUAGUAAUUUACACUAUACACAAAACGUGUGCCCACUAACAUCUUUGCAAAAUAUUUCAACUACUAUUCAAUUUAUUUGAGCAGACGGUUCGAGUAUUCAGAGGGGGAAGCACGCGUCGUCGAUGGUUUAAUUAUAAUAAUAUUGUCUUUUUAUUGUGUUGCCUCGUUUAGCCAAACCAAAACUAAAAAAAAUACGAACAAUAGAGCAAUUAUUAUCUUCCGCCCGAUCAAUUAGCACAACAUUUGAAUAAUUAUUUGUUAAUUUGCAACGCUCUGUCAAGGCUUUUUUUCUAUUAUUUUAAUUAUAAGGUUUUUCAAACGUUUUGUAAAAAUACACUAUCUUAAUUUCACUAGUAUCAAUGGCAGCUAUCUACUGGUGAUUAAGAUUUUAAUAGUAAAAUCUUCCCUUGAGGUUAAGUAAUUUAGUAAAAAUCGUGAAUAUGUCUUUAAACGGCAAAGAAGUUUCAUUCACAUCAUCGGACGCCAGUAAUGAAAAAAUCACUGCUGCAAAAAUGCCCUACAAGAGUUACAGACCUAGGUCUGUGUCUACCUGUUCAACAGAUUCGUGUAGUUCUGCAAGUCUAUCUGAAGAUGAUAUUCCAGUUAGGUCUAAAAUACAACAAAAUAGUUCUGGAUUUAGUGAUUUUUGCAUUAAAGAUAUUAGACUUAAAGACUUUGGAAGACGUGAAAUCGAAUUUGCUGAACAAGAAAUGCCUGGUUUAAUGUCUCUAAGGAAACAGGUGAUGGAAAAUAAGCCAUUACGAGGAGCCAAAAUUAUUGGAUGUACACCUAUCACUGCACCAACUGCUGUAUUAAUUGAAACAUUAGGUUCUCUAGGCGCUGAAUUGAGAUGGUGUGCUUGUAAUAUUUAUUCAACACAGAAUGAAGUUGGUGCUGCUUUAGCGGAAGCAGGAUUUCCAAUAUUUGCAUGGCGAGGUGAAUCUGUUGAUGAUUUUUGGUGGUGUAUUGAAAAAUGUUUUGAAGGCAAGAAUUGGAAACCUAACAUGAUUUUAGAUGAUGGUGGAGACGCAACUAAUUUUUGUCAAGCAAAAUAUCCUAGUAUUUUUAAAAAUUUAAUUGGGAUAGUUGAAGAGAGUACAACUGGCAUUCAUCGUUUAUACAAAUUGUUGAAAGCAGAAAAACUUUUAAUGCCAGCUAUUAAUAUCAAUAAUUGUGUGACAAAAACUAAAUUUGAUAACCGUUAUAGUUGUAGGGAAUCUGUAAUUGUAAGCUUAAAAAAAUGUACCGAUUUGAUGUUUGGUGCAAAACAAAUUGUAUUAUGUGGUUAUGGAGAAGUGGGUAAAGGAUGCUGUCAAUCUUUAAAGGGACUUGGUUGUAUAGUUUAUGUCACAGAAAUUGAUCCAAUAUGUGCUUUGCAAGCAUGUAUGGAUGGAUUUAAAGUUGUUAAGCUUAAUGAAGUUAUUCGGCAAGUGGAUAUUGUAAUUACAGCUACUGGUAAUAAAAAUGUAGUUGUUCGAGAGCACAUGGAUAAAAUGAAGUCCGGUUGUAUUGUGUGUUGCAUGAGUUAUUGCCAUAAUGAAAUUGAUGUGGCUGCUUUACGCACACCAGAGCUAAAAUGGGAAAAAGUUCGUUCACAAGUAGAUCACAUCCGUUGGCCUGAUGGAAAAACCAUGAUUUUACUUGCUGGUGGUCAUCAUGUAAAUUAUACGUGUUCUAGCAUUCCAUCAUUUGUCACUUCCAUUACUGGUACAACUCAGAUACUAGCCUUAAUGGAAUUAUUCAACGCUCCAAUUGGUCGUUACAAGAGUGAUGUUUAUUUAUUGCCAAAAAAAAUGGAUGAGUAUGUAGCAAGUCUUCAUCUGGCUACAUUUGACGCUCAUCUUACAGAACUUAGUGAUGAACAAGCCAAGUAUAUGGGUUUACCAAAAAAUGGCCCAUUUAAACCAAAUCAUUAUAGAUAUUGAUUUAUACUUCAACAACUCUGGUUUAGAAGAAAUACAAUUUCUUAUUCUCCUUUAUGGAUGAUAUAUUAUUAUUAUUUUUAUUCACUUGCAUAUUAACAAGGUGUCCUGAGACUAAUUUGGAAGUGAUAAAAACUUUAAAAUUCCAGAAAAAAAAUAUUAAAUUUUACACAACUUAUAUGUACGAUAUCGUAUAUUUUAUACAUUUGAUAUUAAUUAAUCAAUAAUAUUAUCUAUAUUUUUAUUACACAAUCACCAAAUAAUAGAGAAUGCAUAAUAUAAAAUAUUAGACCAAAUUUGUCAAUUAGAUGUCAAUUAGAAUAUAGUUGUUUGGCAUGUAUGCACUAUGCACAUGUUUCAAAAUAUCAAUAGAAAAAAAAGUCUCAUUGAUCUAAUUUAUAAAAAAAUAUCAUUCAUGUGUUUAUUAGGAGCAUACCUUGUUCAACUAAUCAAUUAUGCACCCCCUAAUAAAUUUGGUAUCUAUACAGUUCAAUUUUUACUUUUAUACAUAUAUAUUAUAAUAUGUUGUAUAAUUUGAUCCUUGUGAAGCAAGAACCAAUUUUUUUAUUAUUAUUUUCUUCUUUCCAAUUAUUUAUGAAAAAUACAGACUUUUGUGUCAAUAAGCAAUUAUACCGAAUAUUUUUAUAUUUAUUGGAAUUAGAUAUUUUGCUAUCUUAAGUUAAAGUCUAGCUUGUUUAAGAAUAUUCAUAAGAAUAACAAACACUAGAAUAUUUUAAAGAUUGUAUCAUAAUGAAACUUCAAUUAAUAUAGAUGUUAAAUGUUAACAAUUUUUAUAUAAAAUGUAUUGCAAGUUCAGUAAGCUUAUUUUAUAACUCGAUCUGCCAGAGACUAAAUAUUUUUGAUUGGUGUAUUUAACUUGAGAAAUCCUCAUAAAAAAUCUAUAUUAUAUUAUAAUAAUAAAUACGUAGUAAAGGAAUAAUAAAUUGAAACGAAAAAGUCUGAUAAAAAAAGUUCAAAAAAUAAAGGGAUGAAAAAAUAUAUCCUUUCAUAAUAUCGAUCCUCUAUUUUAAAAAUGAAAUGAUAUGUAUUAUUAAUAGUAUUAUUUUAAAGUAUGUAGGUAAUCUAUAUUUGCAUAAUAUACUUAUAUUAUUGAAAAAUAAGAUUUACAAAAUGUCUCUUUCAAUGUAAAGAUUCUAAACUUAAUAAAAAAAUGUUUUAUUAUUAUUUAUGUGAGAAUAUAUAAAUUAAUUACUCCUGGCGUGAUAUUUAAUUAAUAAGUUUUAAACCUUACAUUACCUAAUUUAAUUAUAUUUAUAUUAUUAUAGGUUUUUUUAUGAAAUCAGAUUUUUUUGGUGAAAAUAACUGUUAAACUAUUUGUUUAGAGUAUCUGCACUGCUUAAGCUAGGAAGCAUACUGGGUUGCCAAUCCAUUUUGAAUUCAUCAUUCAAUCAUUUAUGCGCCAAAAGAAUUUUAAUGAAUAUAUAAAGCUUCAUACAAGUUCUUUACUGAGUAUGUUUCUUAGCUUAAAAUGGGUAUAGAUUUGUUUUAAUGAGAUUUAUGUUUGUUUUGUUAUCAAAUAUAUUUUUUUAAAUCAUAUUUGUGAAGACAAAGUAAAGUUAAAGUUCAUAACAUAUUUUAUAUAAAUAUGUGGUUUAAUAUUUUUUAUUUCUACACUAAUAAUUUAUUAAAAUUUUACUUUGCCUGUUUGAAAAUUGUUUACAUUGUAAUAUUAAAUUAACUUUUUUGAAAAAAA